AUGGCAGCAAUAUUGCGCAGCAGUAGAACAACCAUUGAGCAGCAGCAUUUGGCGUUCCGGUUCAAUCACGCCCUGCAUUUCCUCUCCUUUGUUAUUGGUUUGUCUCUCGGUAUCCUAGCUACCUUAUAUUUCCAGAGUUACUCAUUCCUCACUUUUCAAGCCUCUCUCAACUAUAUUCCAUUCAAACCAUCACCACCGUCACCACCCACAUCACCACCCCCAACUCCACCUCCACAUCCACCGCCACCGCCACUUCUGGUACCCUCUCUCUCGACAAUCAAUGCAACAUCACCAUCGGUAUCAGUUAAUUACAGUAUCAGUCCCAGUACUAGUGUUUCUUUGAAUGAACACAAGCUGCAGCUGUUAGCACACAACAUGAGCGACGAGGAGUUGCUUCGGAGAGCAUCCAUGACCCCUCAAGUUGAUUCCUCUUACAUUAGUGUUCCGAAAGUGGCUUUCAUGUUCUUGACAAAAGGGCCUCUACCUUUAGCUCCCUUAUGGGAAAGAUUUUUCGAGGGACAUGAGGGUCUAUACUCCAUCUAUGUGCACGCGCACCCUUCUUUCAAUGAUUCGGAGGCUCAAACUUCUGUCUUUUACGGUCGAAGAAUUCGUAGCGAGGCAGUUUAUUGGGGAACUUCAUCAAUGUUGGAUGCAGAGCGACGACUAUUAGGGAAUGCACUACUUGACUUAUCCAAUCAAAGAUUUGUAUUGCUUUCCGAAUCAUGCAUUCCCUUGUUUAACUUCAAAACAACAUAUGACUACCUUAUAAACUCAAAUCAAAGUUUUCUAAAUGUUUUCGAUGACCCGAGGAAGCCCGGUCGAGGGCGUUACAACCCUCAGAUGUGGCCACAAAUAAACAUCACAGAUUGGCGAAAAGGCUCUCAAUGGUUUGAAGUGCACCGAGACCUGGCCGUCCACAUUGUCUCCGAUCAAAAAUACUACCCUAUCUUUCAGCAAUACUGCCAUCCUCCUUGUUAUAUAGACGAGCAUUAUAUUCCAACACUUGUCCACAUGUUGUAUGCUGAUCUCAACUCUGAUAGGGGUAUUACAUGGGUGGAUUGGUCGAGGGGCGGUCCUCAUCCUGGGAGAUUCGGGUGGCCUGAUAUUACAGAUGAGUUUUUGAAUAGAAUCCGUUUCGGAUCGGAAUGCAAAUACAACGGAAAUACAACUUCAAUGUGUUUCUUAUUUGCUAGGAAGUUUUUGCCUAAUGCCCUAGAGCCUUUGUUACGAGUUGCUCCACUGCUGCUUGGAUUUGAUCCCUAG